AUGUUGGAUGUCGCAAUCACCAUCAAGAUCAGGUCUUGUCUGGGAUUCGCUUUGGCAUCUUCGCGCGUUGUUGGCAAAGGGUCGCUGAAGGUGGGCAACAAUGCUCCCAACCAAUGGCGACUGAAUAAAAGCGAUGCUGAUGUACGAAAAGAGGCACAGAAACGUGCGAGACAGAGCUUCCCGGAACGACCACGUGUCUUUCUUGACAUUGAGGUAGCUGGUCAUCCGGCAGUGCGGAUCGUUUGCGAGUUGUUCUCGGAUCUUGUUCCCAAGACGGCCGAGAACUUCCGAUGCCUAUGCACUGGUGAGAAGGGCCUUGGAGAGCAACUUGUGGUGCCGGGCUUUGCCAUCCAAGGGGGAGACAUUACCAGAGGUGAUGGCACAGGAGGCGAGUCUGUUUACGGGCCGACGUUCGAGGACGAGAGCUUCGACCUCUCCCACGACUCAGCAGGGCUGCUGAGCAUGGCAAACACAGGGCCAAACACGAACAGCUCCCAGUUUUUCAUUCUGACAAAGGCAUACCCAAAGCUCGAUCUGAAGCACGUCGUCUUCGGGCGCGUGGUCGAAGGCAUGGGGACCGUGCGUCGUAUCGAAGAAACCUGCGGCACAGCUGACGCGGGAUCCGAGCUUUGCCGCGCGCAAAAGCAUCACGGCGUUCUGGCAUUUCGGCCCGGUCUUGGUGAUGCAAAGGCCAUCAUCACGAAUUGCGGCGAGAUCCAGGAGCUCUGCUCAUCCACGUAA